CUAUAAGAAACAUGCCUCGUUGCUUGACAUACAUUCUGAAAGCAAAAUGGGGACACUCCGCUUUUGUGCCAUAUUGUUUGUGCUAGAAUCAGCAUGUGGCGGACAGCAUGAACCUGACCCACAAGUAUACAACUACAUUGAGACGCUUGUGGUGCCAUUAGACCACCAUCUAUGUCAUGACAUCAUCAAAAUGAGUUGUGCGAAUCACGUUUCUCGAAAUGAACAGGUUUGCGGGACAGAUGGGGUCACAUAUGCCAACCACUGUCUUUUCAUGCAAAUUGCAUGCGAGACGAUGGAAAAUGACAUUCCAGUCACAGUGUCUCAACAUGGGCCUUGUUCGACAACCACGCGUCCUACCAGCACACAGGAAGCCACAACAACGGUAAACGCAAACACAGCCGCCUCAUCAACUAACCAAAAAAUAACUGCCACAGUCUCAAGCAGUGUAAACGCCACCAGCGCGACCACCGUCUCCACCUCCACACCGACACAGGUAACCGGAAGUUCCACCACCGCUCCUGUCACCGCGGACCCGAUGUCGGCUAUUGUUCAGAACGUAUUCUGUUCUAAUCUAGCUGCAAUUUCCUGUCCCGGCCUAGCUAUUGUCUGUGGGAGUGAUGGACAACUCUACCCAAACCAGUGCGAGCUAUCCAAGGCCGCAUGCGCAAAGACAGAUCUGUCCAUACAGUCGGAGCUCUCACACUGCACAAUUCUCGGACGCUAAAGUUGAACGCCUACUCGUAUGUCUAGUUUUGCUUGCAUGCGUUGUACGAAGAUGAAAUAUAUGAAGUAAUUUA